AUGAGCUCUCUACCAAAUUACCCAGGAGCCAGAAUAUCUGGCUGCUGGACGCUGACAUCUGAUGGCCGCGGAGCUGGCGAGGGAUCACUGGACCGCCUACUGCCCUCGGUGAGCACAGGCCUUUCACCCCGCAAAAGGACCACCAGUCAGUGCAAGUCUGAGCCGCCUCUCCUCCGCACCUCCAAACGCACCAUUUACACCGCUGGGCGUCCUCCUUGGUACAACGAGCAUGGCACACAGUCCAAAGAGGCCUUUGUCAUUGGUCUGUGUGGUGGAAGUGCCUCGGGAAAGACAACUGUUGCGAGAAAAAUCAUCGAAGCCCUCGACGUUCCUUGGGUCGUCCUCCUUUCCAUGGACUCGUUUUACAAGGUCCUCUCUUCAGAACAGCAGGCCCGGGCAGCCAGUAACAAUUACAACUUUGACCACCCUGAUGCCUUCGACUUCGAUUUACUGACGCACACACUGCGAAAGCUCAAGCAGGGCAAGAGUGUCAAAAUUCCUGUGUAUGACUUUACAACUCAUGGACGACAGAAGGAGUGGAAAACCGUGUAUGGAGCCAGUGUUAUCAUCUUUGAGGGGAUCAUGGCCUUCACCGAUAAGGCACUCUUGCAGUUGCUGGACAUGAAGAUUUUUGUGGAUACAGACUCAGACAUCCGGCUUGUGAGGCGGCUAAGGAGGGACAUAACUGAGCGAGGCCGGGACAUAGAGGGUGUCAUCAAACAGUACAAUAAGUAUGUCAAGCCAGCCUUUGAGCAGUACAUCGAACCUACCAUGCGUCUGGCUGAUAUUGUUGUGCCCCGUGGUGGCGGGAACAUGGUGGCCAUUGAUUUGAUCGUGCAGCAUGUCCACAGUCAGCUGGAGGAGCGCGAGCUCAGCGUCAGGGCAGCGCUGGCCUCCGCACACCAAGCCCAACCUCUCCCCCAGACUCUCAGCGUUCUAGAGAGUACACCUCAGGUCAAAGGCAUGCACACCAUCAUCAGGAACAAAGAAACCAGCCGGGAUGAGUUCAUCUUUUACUCGAAAAGGUUGAUGCGUCUUUUGAUUGAGCGUGCACUCUCCUUCCUGCCAUCACAGCCCCACGUCGUCCAGACACCCCAGGGACAAGACUAUGAGGGUAGGACUUUCCACGGAAAGAGGAUCACUGGCGUAUCCAUUUUGCGGGCAGGAGAAACCAUGGAGCCGGCUCUAAGGGCCGUUUGCAAAGAUGUCCGUAUCGGAAAAAUUCUCAUUCAGACAAAUCAGGACACAGGAGAACCAGAGCUUCAUUACCUACGUCUCCCCAAAGACAUCAGUGAAGAUCACGUCAUUCUGAUGGACUGCACUGUGUCCACCGGCGCUGCGGCCAUGAUGGCUGUUAGAGUGCUACUGGAUCACGACGUACAAGAGGACAAGAUUCUUCUGGUGUCACUCCUGAUGGCUGAAAUGGGAGUGCACUCGGUAGCAUACGCCUUCCCGCAGGUGAAGAUCAUCACCACAGCAGUGGACAAGAAAGUCAACGAUCUGUUCCACAUCAUACCUGGCAUCGGAAAUUUUGGGGAUAGGUACUUUGGAACCGAUGCUCCUCCUGACUGGAGUGACGAUGAGAUGGAUGAGCCCAGUUACUGA